CUUCUGGAAGCCUCCUCCUAGGGGGCGCUAUAGUUUGGGGCAGUGUCCGCCCUCAUGGUGACGGUAAUACGGAGGAGCUGUGACAGAGCGGGCGCUGAUAAUGCCCAUUAGUAAAUAUUGGGACGGCAGAAGCACAUUGACACAGCACCAGGCGAGAGCAGACAGCGAGGGGAGGGGCCGUCCUCGCUAUUCACCCGAUGUGAUUGGCUGCCUGCUGUGGGCCGGGAUAGGCUCAGCCAAUGGCUGCGGGCCGUGAGCUCAGUAAAGCAGCAGCAGCCUGGUCUCCUUAUCCCUAGGAGUCUAUUGUAAGGGUGCAGCACAAAGAACACACUGCACUGCUCACUGCACCACACACUGCACUGCCACUCACUGGACAUCACAUUGUAGAUCAUGAGCACCAGCAUCAGGUACAAGAGCAAGCUGCUCAAGACAGAUGAGAAGGAGGACCAAGAGAAACAGUAUGUUGGGUUUGCAACAUUACCCAAUCAAGUCCACCGGAAAUCUGUGAAGAAAGGCUUUGACUUCACUCUCAUGGUGGCAGGUGAAUCCGGCCUAGGGAAAUCUACUUUAGUGAACAGCCUCUUCCUCACAGAUCUCUACAAGGACAGGAAGUUGCUUAAUGCAGAAGAAAGAAUUAACCAGACAGUAGAAAUUGUGAAGCACACGGUGGACAUUGAAGAGAAGGGAGUAAAGCUGAAGUUGACCAUUGUGGAUACUCCUGGUUUUGGCGAUGCGGUGAACAACACAGAGUGCAGCUGGAAGGCUAUUACUGACUACAUAGACCAGCAGUUUGAGCAAUAUUUUCGGGACGAGAGUGGAUUGAAUCGAAAAAACAUCCAGGAUAACAGAGUGCACUGCUGCUUGUACUUCAUCUCCCCUUUUGGACAUGGGCUGCGGCCAGUGGAUGUGGCUUUUAUGAAAGCUCUGCAUGAGAAAGUAAACAUUGUUCCUCUGAUCGCCAAAGCUGACUGCCUGGUACCCAAUGAGAUCAGGAAACUCAAAGACAGAGUGAGAGAAGAGAUUGAAAAGUUUGGAAUAAAAGUCUAUCAGUUCCCAGAAUGUGAUUCCGAUGAGGAUGAUGACUUCAAACAGCAAGACAAGGAGCUAAAGGAAAGUGCACCAUUUGCUGUAAUUGGAAGCAAUACAGUGGUAGAAGCUAAAGGACAGAGGGUACGAGGUCGUCUCUAUCCAUGGGGCAUAGUGGAAGUAGAGAACCAGGCACAUUGUGACUUUGUCAAGCUACGAAAUAUGUUGAUCCGGACUCAUAUGCAUGACCUGAAGGAUGUUACAUGUGAUGUACAUUAUGAGAACUACAGAGCCCAAUGUAUCCAGCAGAUGACUAGGCAUGAAGAAGUUAUGACCACAGCAGAAAGCAAACUGACUCAGGACAACAGGAUAGAGAGCCCCAUCCCUAUUCUUCCUCUGCCAACACCUGACGCUGAAACAGAGAAACUUAUCAAAAUGAAGGAUGAAGAGCUGCGGAGAAUGCAAGAAAUGUUGCAGAAAAUGCAGCAGCAGAUACAGGAGCAGUGAGCGCCCCAUCCCGAUGGCACUUACCCCUCACAUUUCCUGCUCCCCAACCUGUCACUUCAAGGAUCAGUUUGGAGAUGGAUGUGGUACCCAUGGACUCAUUGCAGUAUCUUAUUUAUUGUCCUCAAAUACCCGUCCAAUAUGAACUCCUCCCUCUGUUGACUCUUCAUCUUUCUCCAGAACAUCCCUUCAUGGAGCCAUCCUCCUAUGAAGCUAAAGUCUGUUGUCUGUUACAGCCAUGUCCAACCCUAUGCGUUUGAGUUACAGCGGAACCAUCUUUUUGGGGUGUUUUCAGGACAGUUUGAAGUGUGCAUUGGAAAUGGCAGCCAUGGACAUACUGGGUGAUGAUCUCUAUGUAUCGUGCAUCUUCCAGAUGGCUCUGUCAUUAUCACAGAAGGGAUGUGUCUCGGGAAGGGAGGUGGCUCAGUCAUUGUUUUCUACCUACACCGUACCCCUGCUCUACAAGAAGCUUGUGUUUUUUAUUUGUACAGUGUUGCAGUUUCUUGGACUCAGGACUUCUUUUUUUGUUGUUUUGCUGUACCAAUGUUUACUCACAGUUACUUGACCAAUAACCGCUAAAUCUUAGAGAGCACCAGAGGAAGUAUUGCCUGGACAGCAGCGCAAAGGGAUACACAGAGCGAUAUAAGCGUCUAGCCAUCAUAUGACAUCAUGAAGUGCAGGUGAAAGGAAAUAAAGCCCUCUAAAAUUCUCUGUUCUGUUAGGCCGCGUUCAUCCAGUGAGGUUGUGGUGCUGUUCCUGUAUAUCUAUAGAUAUUGAAAUGAUAGUUAUACUUUUCUAUUUGGAUCUUUUAUCGGUUUUCCCUUUGAAAAUAUUGUUCCAGCAUUCUAGCAACCGCAUCGUAUGGACGCAGCCUUUCACGUUUCAUGAGUUCACAUCUUUAGCAGAUACUGUAUGAGGAGUUUUUAAGCAGCAGUCGUCUACCAUGUUAUUCAUGAAUGCAUAAUGCUGCCUUUGCCUUUCUGAAUACACAAGUAGAGAAGGCAGCUGCAGCCUCCAUGCCCAUGACAACCUUUACAUAAAAUGGCCUUUACCGUGUUCAUAGCCCCAGCUGGAAGGGACCAAGCAUAUCACUAUUACUCGAGCACUACAGUUUGGGGCUUUUUUUCUUUGGCUUCUGUUCUGCUGCAUGUAAACAUAUGGAUCAGAUCUCUAAGAGUGUGUGUAUACUAAGUGUUUUAUUUAAUUAUAUCAUAGUUAUAAGUGGAUAAUAGAAUGGAUAUAUCCUUUACUUUGCUAUAUGCUAUGUCUCUCCCAGUACACAGUUGGGCAUGAGAAGACAGUGCUCCAUGCCAUACAUUCAUAUAUAGUGAUACUCCGGGGCUUAAAGACUACAGUUUGUACUUAAGUGUGUAAUAUCUGGGAAUUUUAUGUUCUGCGCAGGUAGAAUGUAUGUGACAACACUGCAUAUUUUAGCACAAUUUUUUGCUGUUUUGCAAUGUGGUUUUUGGCUGUGUGACUUCUACUGAUGUAGCGCAUUCAAUAGACAACAAUAUAUAUUUUACCUGUACAAGCCAUGGUGAAACCACUGUAAGACGUGAACACACCCUAAGGGUUCCUUCACGUAUACAUAAUCUGUGGAGUUCCUGCAGCGGAUUAUGUUGCUACCCAUUGACUUCAAUGGGUCUGCGGCAAAUAAAAAAUCCAGCAGAGGAAUUUCCGCAGCAGGAAACCCACAGAGGUUUAUGUACAUGUGAUUGUACUCUAAGGGUACAUUCCCACACGGCGUAUUUACUGCUGCGUAUUUUAUUUUCUCUGUUGAAGUCAAUGGGUAGGAAAAUACGCAGCACCAAAUACGCAGCAAAUACGCAGCAAAAUACGCCGUGUGGGAACGUACCCUAAGGCUGAAUUCAUAUGUGCAGUGUUUGUGGGAGGUUUUGAUGCAAUUGAUUAUAUAGCGGAAGGGCUUAUACUUCUCCUUCCUGCUGGAUCCACUUCUGAUUUAGGCUUAAAGGGGUACUCCGCUGCUCAGUGUUGGGAACAAAAUGUUCCGAAUGGUUAGAGCCGGCUCUGGGGGCUUGUGACGUUAAUGCCCGCCGCCUCAUGACGUCACGCCCUGCCCCCUCAAUGCAAGUCUAUGGGAGGGGGCGUGGUAGCUGCCACGCCCCAUCCCAUGGACUUGCAUUGAGGGGGCGGGGCCAUCACAUGAGUCCCCCCCCCCCCCGGCUCUAAGCUUCCAAACAUUUUGUUCCCAACGCUGAGCUGCGGAGUACCCCUUUAAAAACUGCAUCAAAAACUGUUUCUAGCCAGGGUAUUUCCCAUCUUAAGAUGUUACGCCCUAUCCAUACAAGCUGAUCAGUGGAAAUUGCUGAAACCCACACCGAUUCCGGAAAGGGUCAAAAAUUGUCCCUGGAAAGAAUGGUUUGCACUAAUGCUGGAAUUUAUUUUCAUUUUUAGCAAACAAUAUGCAGAUGUACAUAGGUUACAAAUACAGCAUUGCAGACACACCCUAAGGGCUUAUGCAGCAAUGCUUCUAGAGAAGUACCUUAUACAGCUUAUAAUGAAGUAUGAAAUCAAAAGCAUACAUUGGCAUAGUAGAGACAAUGUGUACUACUAUAAAAAGCCUUUUCACUGCUCUGUAUAAAACUAGCUACAAUAUGGUACACGAGGACUUAAACUAAGAGUACUACAGUUCUUCAGUCAUGAAUUGGUUAAGGAGAUGUACAUAGAGCGUUACAUCACAACAUUACCGAUAUGCACACUGUUUAGCCAUCAUUUAUAUUGUAGCAGAGGUACAAAGACAACAAUGGAUCUUUCCUGCAGACCUUGUCGACAGUUUAUACACAUAUUACAUUUUCUCUAUACUUACACAUACAAAUGACUGAGUAAUAUGCAGCUCUACGUAUUGUAGGCUUAUUGCUCUGUCAUCUAUCAGUUGCGCUGCUUUUAGUAACUAUUUUAUUCUUGCCUUUACAAGAAUAAUACUUCGAGAUACACAAAUUCAUCUCUAUAGGAAAUGACUCUGGUGCCAUUUAUCUCACCCUUUUUCUAAGUAUUUAAGGAAAAAGCUAAUAUUCUUAAAAGGAAUUUUAUUGCUUAGGGCCAGAUACUAAACCAUCUUCUUUUUUUCUGAUCAGUUUCUAUUUUUUGCUUGUAACCUUUUUUUUUUUUUUUUUGUACAAUAUUAUGGGAGCUGCCAUUUUGCCCAAGCUGUUUUCAACAGCAUUUAGAGAUAUAAUCUACAUUUACAUAUAUGGGAAAGGUUACUGGGUGUGCUCUGUGACCUUUGAAGAGGUCAUUCCUCUUUGAAAACUGCAGUCCUUCCUUUAUAUUACCCAUUACUUUUGCAUACACUUUUAACUUUGCCUCCAAAACUGCAGUGGCAGUUUUCCAGAAAAUGUCAGAAACACCUGUGUGGAAACCUAGCCUAAUGCUGUACAGAUCACAUUCCAGCAGCCUCCUUCUUUUCAUCACAAAAAAGGAAGUCUCUGCUUUGUUUCACGCUUAGUAGCUAGACAGAAAACAGCGAAAUUUUAUGAUUAUUUUAAAAUAUAGACAGUAAAAUGGGAAAUUAGAAAGAAUUCUUGGUUUCAGCAAAUAAAAUUUAAAAUUUUCUAAUACACUUCCAGUGUUAGUAUUGUCACCCCGGUUCUCCAUGUCUAUAUCUGACCCUACAGGCAUAUACAGUCGGGUGAUUCAAUUAAUUGAAAGGGGUGCAUAUAUUUGCACAUAUUGAAGACAUCUGACUUACAGCACCAGACCAUAGAAAAUUUGCUCCACAGUAAAAAAAUAAAUCUGAAGAUGCCAGACUGUUUGUUUUUGAGUUUACUCCUAUGGGUUGACAUGUAUUCAUUUUUUUCUCAAAUAAUUGUAUCUGUUUCUCAGCCAUAUCAGCAGAAUGAACAUUUAUGCUUUGCCAACAGGUACAUUUCAUAUCAGAGCUGUACUACUUUAGCUUCUGUUGUCUUUUAUGCAGCAAACCAUGCUCUGUAAUAGAAUAUACCUUUAUCUCUAUUCUUCUUUCUAACAGCAGAUAUUUAAUAAUCUGGCACAUGCCAAGUCCAGUGAACAAAAUAUUACUAUUUUACUUUAACUUAGAUGUCAUAUGAGACUAUUUUAUUUUAUUUCUUUUUUCAUCUGCUUGUUUCUCCAUUUCUAGGCUCAUCUUUAAAAUGUUAUCUGCAGGAUAAUAGGUACAUAAGGUCAUGAAUUAGAAAUGUUUAAUACUGGAACCUCCACGAUCUUUAAUUCUUGUAAAUAGCAUUAAUAGAGACUCAGUAAUGCACAUUCUUAUAGUUGAUGCCUUGGUUUAUUAUCACCUGUUGCUUCAGCUGAUAGAUCUGUAGGGAAUGAAGGGGUAAGCAAACCCACUGCCUGUUAAUCCAGUGCCUCUGCCACCUUAUAUGUAAGGUGGAACCUGUGCCCUACUGUACGACUGUCUAAAAGUAACCCGCCUCCUACAGUGCAUAUCCACCCAGUGAUUAUUUUGUUAUACCGAUUGUUGCUGUAAUUAAUGUUUACAACCUGAGAAUCCUAAUAAACCUAAAAAAUUUA